AUGAGACCCAUUGCCUCGAUUCCUGUGUUCUUUUCUCUUCCGCCCUCGCCUCGCUGGACGUCCUGCAAAAGGCCCGCACUCUCGUGGACGCGGCCGAAAGGCACGCGGUCGCCGCUGUGGGCGGCGGACCGGGAGAGACGCGAGGCGCAGCUGGAAAGUCGAGAAGAACGCGGGUCCCUCUCUUUCGAGUCUCUUGCUUCAGGAGGCGCCAAGGGCCGUCAUGCUGCGCAUGCAGGGAAUAUGCGAAGUCCACCAAGACUCUCAGGCGCCCCGCGCGAGCGCGGCUCGACCGGGGACGUGAUUUCGCUAGAGGCCUCCUCUCCGUUUCCAACCUCAGCGUUCUCCGCGAGCAGCACGUCGUCGCGGUCUCCUCAUGGCUCCGGUGCGCCCUCUUCCAGUCGUCCACCGGCUCGCUGCCUCCCUUGCUCGCGCCUGCGCGGCCUCGCACGUCGCAGCGAGCCGCACACCCCGGCGUCUGUGACCGCAUGGGACACUCCACAGCCUGAUUCUUUUUUCAGGGACUCCUCUUCUCCUAUGAGGAUCUGUUUUUGUUCGUCCGGUGCUCGGUCUCUCCACUCCUUCGUGUCUUCCUCUGCGUCUGCUCUUCAUCCGGCGCCUGCGGCAGCUUCCUCUGCGUCGCGCCCACCUGCCUCGUCGGCGUCGCGGUCGGCCGUAGAUGAGGAGAGUUCGGCGUCGGACGCGUGCUGUUUUUCGUUUGCUUUUCACAACAAAAAGUUGAAUUUCUGUGUGACGAGUGUGGACGAAGACAAAGUGGAGGGCCGGCAGUCGGCGACCAGCUUGGUUAAGGACUUGGUGCGCUUCGAGCCCGACAUCGUGUUGCUUUCUCUCGGCUACCUGGACUACAGCAAGAUCCUGCAGAAGCACAGCAAAGAGGCGCUGCUCAAGCGCGGAAAGAUGGACGCCAUCGACGAGGCGCUCAUCGCCAGCGUCCCGUGCGGCGCUUACGUGCCGCUUCUUCAGCGAGUCUUCCUCCUUGACCUGCCGCACUUCUGCAUCGGCCGCUCGAAGCUGUCUGACAUCAGCGCCUUGGCUGAGCGUCUCUUUUGGCUUCCCUUCGAACUCUACAGACUCCUGGGCAGCCUCCUGUUUGGGAAGGCCGUGAUGAUCAACUUCCAGCGAACUGGAGUCGUGAGCGGGAGGCGGAUGUCCAGCGGCCUGGCAGAAACCGAGAAAGAGGCGCGCGAAAAGGCCCUCGCGCCCACCUUCUACCGCACAUUCUACGAAGACAGCCCGCGGUUCAUGGCUCUCAAGACGCACCACUACCUGCAGACCUGGACGAAGUCGCCCUUUGCGAGGCUGGAACCGAAGCAGGAAUGGAAGGAUCGCGACUGGCUGACGUGGAUUUUGUUUGGGCGCUCGCGAGCGGAGAAGAAGCUGCGGACGGAUGCGAAGGAGCUGGAGCACGCGUUGCUGGCGGACUUCCCUGCGGCGCUGCGGAAGAAAGACUCGUGGAACGUGCUGGUCGUGGUCACCGACUCGGCGCACCUCCAAGUCGUCAAGCACCUCAAGGAAAUCGCGCAAUGGAAGAACGAAACGCCCUUCUUCGUCGAGAUGCAUGCACUCGAAGACACGUAUACCGCGGCCUACUACGCCGUCAUCAUCGUUUACAUCUUUGGGCCUGUCAUCCUGCUUCUCGAACAGACCUACAAAGGCAUCCGGAAGCUCUGCCGGUUCCUCAAAGAACAGAGCCGAAUAUCUGUGGGCGGCGACGAGUUUCUCGACUUCGAGGAGAAAGGAGAGGCGAAGGGAGAGGGAAAGAAAUCCGGCAAGCUCAGCGGCCUGUUCAGCGUGGGGGCUUUCUCCUCUCGAGACUGA